AAAUUCAAAACUCAGAGACACUCCUACCCACCAAAAACUCACAAUUAUGUUUCAGUCAAUCCACCCUUCUUCUUAUUCUACUGUAACCCUAAUCUCAAAAUCCAUCACCACCCAACCACCACCACCACCACCGUCUGUCAUCGUUUCCAGAACAAAAACAACCACCACUUCCAACAACAGCAUUUCCGCUUUCGAAACUCGAUUAUCUCUCGUUUUCGCCCUCGCUUCUCAAACCAAUUCCCUCUCUCAGCGACGUAAAUUUUUGGCGAAUUUGGCAACUGAAACUGCGAAAUACGUGUUUCCGAAGAGGUUCGAGAGUCGGAAUUUGGAAGAAGCUUUGAUGUCAGUUCCCGACCUUGAAACGGUUAAGUAUAAAGUUUUGAGAAGAAAUGAUCAGUAUGAGAUUAGACAACUUGAGCCUUACUUUGUAGCCGAGACUACAAUGCCCGGAAAGUAUGGGUUCGAUCUGAAUGGUUCUUCCCAAUCUUUCAAUGUCCUGGCAGAGUACCUGUUUGGUAAGAAUACUGCAAAUGAGGCUAUGGAAAUGACGACUCCUGUUGUUACACGUAGGGACAAAUCUGGUGGUGAGACAAUGGAUAUGACUACCCCUGUGAUAACAAAGAAAAUGGAAGAUGAAGAGAAGUGGAAAAUGUCAUUUAUCAUGCCUUCAAAGUAUGGUUCAAACUUGCCACUGCCCAAAAACUCUGCUGUAACUAUCAAAGAGGUGCCAGGCAGAAUUGUGGCUGUCGUUGCCUUUUCAGGUUUUGUCUCUGAUGAAGAUGUUAUGCGCCGUGAAUCAACACUAAGGAAUACCCUGAAGAACGAUAGUCAAUUUAAAGUAAAAAGUGGUGCAUCUGUGGAGGUUGCACAGUACAACCCACCAUUCACUCUCCCAUUUGCACGCCGCAAUGAGAUUUCCUUGGAAGUGGAAAGGAAACAAGAGUAGCUACCAUUCUAUAAUGGUCAGCAAUCUGGGCACACAGAUGUCUGGGUGUUUUCAUUGGAAACAAAAGUGAUGAGUUCAACAAACUAUGCAAAGGAUAAGGUUUAAAUUGUCAUGAUAUGUUGACUGUAUAUAAUGUAUAGAAUUGCUUCUUCCUAUGAUAUAUAUCAAUAAAAAACGUAAAUUCUUGAA